GGAUCUCGUUUAAGCUGUCUACAUCAACUUCAUCAACUUUUGUUUUAUUCAAUUAUCCCAAUCCUAAUUAUUUUUAGCAUUAAUGUGUGAUAUGAUUUGUUGUUAUUAAUUAGAUGUAUUAAUCUUCUCAAUUAAUGUUUUUAUUUUCAUUUUAAAUAAAUUUUCAAUUGAAUAAAUUGUGAAAAAAAUAAAAAUGUACUUCCUUGGUGUCGAGAUCACGAUCUUGAUGUUGGUAGCUUCAAGUUAAUAUUGGGACAGGUACACAGCCGACCGUAAGCCCUGUUGCAAACCCAACUUUGCAGUCAUCUACUAUUUCUCCAUCUACAUUUCCGACUACUGUGUUUACACCUUUUAGUAGUACAACUGGAGUGGCAAUCCCGACAUCAGCCACACCAUAUAUUUCAAAUACAUCAGACGCAACUUCCACGACCUCCACAACAACAACAACAACAACAACAAAACCAUCUGUAUAUUCUGGUUCCAUUUUGUUGUAUAGUGUCUCCCCGACAAUCAUCAACAACUCUGAUGUUAAAAACUGGUUGAAUGUUAUGACCAAGCAAAAUUUUGAUGUCACUAUUGUUGAGCAGAAAAUUAAAAGUAGCGUCGUUGCCAGCGUUAAGCAGAAGAAAAGAAGGAGGAGGAAGAGACAAGUCGGGACUAAUGGAACACAACCGACGACAACAACAGUGAACAAAACACAAAUAAUUUACAUAGCCAGCACAAACAACAGCAUCAAUGUGUCUAACUACUUCCAAAACAACAACAACAACACAAUAGCCGGCCAACAAGUUGAGUCAGCAUUGCUUUGGCCAGCAGUUGAAGGUGGCCAAUGCAACGCGAGCGUAUGUUCCUCUGGUGAGAAAUGUAUGCUCAACGACAACAACACUUUAAACUGCGUCGGUUGUGCAACACUCGGCAACAACCCAAACAUCAACAACAACGACGCUUAUAGAACUUUUUUCUUCUGCUCAGCAGCAACCACCACAACUACACCCAAACCAUCAGACAACAGGAAUUUGUUAGGCUUGAUAGCCAUUCCAUCAUGCGUCAUUGCACUGAUAUUGAUCAUCGUCCUAGUCGUUUGUCUCCUUCAAAGGAGAUCAAAAAGAAAAAAGAACCAAGACAUCCACAAAAUCCAUCCAGCCGUCUACGAGGCCACAGACGCCGGCGUCCUCGACCGCGUCAACUUCGAAAACAACGAGAACGGAGGCACCGUCAGAAGCGAGGCCUACAGGUCGAGAGGCGGCUUCGACAGCGUUCGAAGCGGCAGGAAUAGAUAUGAAAAUGAUAAUGAUGAGGGAUUGUACUGAUGAAUGAGUGAGUGGGUAAGCUAUCAUUUACAAAUAUAUGUGUGUAUCUAUAUAUUAAUAUAAACAUUCAUAUAUUGUUAAACAAUAUAUUAUAUAUAUAUAUAUAUAUAUAUUGUAGAUAUAAAAAUUUAUAUAUAUAUGUAUAUAUACAUAUACACCAAUCUUUUAAUGUGGAUUUAAAUAUGUAGUGUAUAUAAUAUCAAUGUUGACGAUAGUAUUGAUGAUUAUACUAUUGAAUAUCAAUAUUAUUAUACUAUUAUAAUACUAUUAUUAUAUUGAAAUAUUGAAAAUAUUGAAAUACAAUUUAUGAUAACAAUGAGAUGACGAUAAUGACGAUUACUGUAUCGAUAAUGUUUUGAUGAAGAAUGUAAAUGGGUAGUAAUUAUUAUAGAUGAUGAUGAA